CAAGCCUCCAGCGCACCAGCGGAGGAGGUGUUCCUGGCGGCCAUCUUUGAUGCGAGAAGUGAUUGUUUGGCGAAUAGAAAUAAUAGGAAAUAAAAAUAUAGCGUGAAAAGUUGGGGAAUUGUGGUGGAACUGAAGGGGUUAUUAAAAGGAAGAGUGAAACUCAGGAAAAUCAGUAGAAGAAGGCAUGAAGAAAACAUCAUAGUCAAGAAGUCAUGGCUGAUAAAAGAAAACUUCAAGGUGAAAUAGACAGAUGUUUGAAAAAAGUUGCAGAAGGGGUAGAGCAGUUUGAGGACAUUUGGAAAAAGCUCCAUAAUGCAGCCAACGCCAACCAAAAAGAGAAAUAUGAAUCUGACCUCAAGAAAGAGAUUAAAAAACUACAGCGUCUUCGUGACCAGAUUAAGACAUGGGUCGCCUCCAAUGAGAUCAAAGACAAAAGACAGCUAGUAGAGAAUCGCAAACUCAUUGAGACGCAAAUGGAGCGGUUUAAGAUUGUGGAACGGGAGACCAAAACAAAAGCGUACUCUAAAGAAGGACUCGGCCUCGCUCAGAAAGUCGAUCCUGCACAGAAAGAGAAAGAAGAGGUCGGCCAGUGGCUAACGAACACAAUAGACACGUUAAACAUGCAAGUGGACCAGUUUGAGAGCGAGGUCGAAUCGCUUUCUGUGCAGACCAGGAAGAAGAAAGGAGACAAAGAUAAGCAGGAUCGGAUCGAGGAACUGAAACGAAUGAUCGAGAGGCACCGGUAUCACAUCCGCAUGCUGGAAACCAUCCUUAGAAUGCUGGACAAUGACUCGGUACAGGUGGAUUCCAUCCGCAAGAUUAAAGAUGACGUCGAGUACUACCUUGAUUCCUCUCAGGAUCCUGACUUUGAGGAGAAUGAGUUUCUCUAUGAUGACAUUGAUUUAGAGGACAUACCCCAGCCACUAGUUGCCACAUCUCCAUCAGGUCACACAGAGGAUGAGAUCUUCCAGCACUCCAGUUCCACACCGACCUCCACAACGUCGUCAUCUCCCAUACCUCCCUCUCCAGCUACUUGCACUACGAGCAAUAUAACUGACUUUUCAAACCUACUUACCAGCAAGCUAAUUUGUCCAAUAGAAGUUUAUGAAAAGAAUUUGGAAGAUGAUAAGAAAAGAGGUCGUUCAACAGACAGUGAAAUCAGCCAGUCACCUGUCAAGAAUGGAAAUCCAUCUUCAUCUCUAUCCUCCUCUUCCUCAUUGUCAUCCUCAUCCUCGGGAGCCUCUUCAAACUCUUUGAUCUCCAUGGCGACUGUCGCCAGCAGUAUAAGCUCGGCAUCAGGGAGCAGCAGCCUCUUAGGCAACAUGGGCGGCCCCCUCCAGAACUCUGGCAGCUAUAGUUCAGCAACCCAGCAACAAACACAGCAAUCCCAACAGCAGCACCAGCCCAAAAACUCAGUCUCCUCUCUCUCCAACGCCAACUCGGCCUCCUCUAUCAACAGUACCUUACUCCCAACAUCCACCUCCACGUCUCCGCCCAACACCAGCACACUGGGCCCGCUGACACCCAGCUCGCAGAGCCAACCUCCAUUGGGGACGGGCCUUUCCUCCAGUCUGGGCCUUGGGAAGGGGACGUCUGUUACUAGUGGCACAAACCAGAUGCCCAGUCUGGUUCUUUCAGGGAUGCCGGCAUCCUUGAAUAGCAUGACUGGGUUUUUGAGCGGAUCCACCCUGGCGCCUUAUGCACAAGCGGCUGCCGCAGGUUGCGUGGGUAGCGGGCUGUCAGCAUCGAUAGGAACGAAUAUUAGCAGUACAAACUCCAGUGGAGUCGUAACCUCAGUGGGGACUAACGGAAGUCUAGGCUCCACAAGCCUCUUGGGCUCAGGGACUGGUGUUCUGGGUCUUGGGUCCACACAGUCUGCUGUGGAGCCUCUACCUUUGGUGGCUCCCAACUCUGUGGGAGGCACACUGACCUCAGGGAGCAACGUGGGAGUUAUCGGAAGCAAUGGAGGAACCUCUGGGACAGGAAAUGCAGUGGGAAGCGCCGUGCUACCACGGCCACCUAGUGGGCCGAAACAAAAUGGCGGUACAAGUUAUAGUGCUGUGGUAGCAGACAGCACGUCAGACUCCGCCCUCAACAGUGCCAGCCAAUCACAGAAUAGCCAAUCCUCAUCCUUAAAUUCCUCAACAAAUCAGCCUAUGGACAGUGGGUCCAGCCUUCUGGGGUCGAUGACACUGCUGCCCAGCUCGCCCUCACCGUCAUACAGUGAGAGUAAAGCAGGCAGUGGCAGCUUGCUGAACGGCCCGCACUCAUACACACAGGCUGCCGACACCAUCAAGCCUCAGGAGCCUCCGAGCUCUUUAAAGUCGAUGGCAGAGAGGGUUGCCCAGGGCUCAGGGUUAGAAGAAGAGCUGUCUGCACUACAUAUCUCAAGUGAUAUAUUCCCCAGCUCCACGGCCCCUUCAGGCACUCCUGCAGCUCCUCAGUCUGCUCUGUCGGAGGUGAGCAUCCCCCCAUCAUUGGGUGUGUGUCCACUGGGCCCCGUCCCCCUUUCCAAAGAGCAACUCUACCAGCAAGCCAUGCAGGAGUCCGCCUGGACGCACAUGCCUCACCCGUCCGACUCGGAGAGGAUCAGGCAGUACCUGAUGAGGAACCCCUGCCCAACACUGCCUUUUCACCACCAGAUGCCACCUCCUCACUCCGACACUGUGGAGUUCUACCAGAGACUGUCUACAGAGACCCUCUUCUUCAUCUUUUACUACUUAGAGGGUACAAAAGCGCAGUAUCUAGCAGCCAAGGCCUUGAAAAAACAAUCAUGGAGGUUCCAUACAAAGUACAUGAUGUGGUUCCAGAGGCACGAGGAGCCCAAAACCAUCACUGAUGAGUUUGAGCAAGGGACAUAUAUUUACUUUGACUAUGAGAAAUGGGGUCAGAGAAAAAAGGAAGGAUUUACAUUUGAGUACAGGUACCUUGAAGACCGGGACCUCCAGUGACGGAUGGUCAACUAGAACGGAGGACUACUGUCGACAUUCCGGACUGAAUCAACACACAUGUACACUCUCUUUCAUUCAUCAGGGAGGAGACCCAGAUGCACGUGCGAGGCUGUUUUAUGUCUUGCUGGUGCAUAAUGCAUCUGGAGCCCCUCCCACUCUUUACAAUUCUCCCCGCCCACCAGCCACUCCCUUUGUGACUCCGCCCUCUCAUUCAAUCAGACUUAACCCCAGUAAAUCACCCCUUUCUGAGAACUUUCUGGAGCAUUUUUGCGCCAAAAAAGA